GAGGGAAAAUAAUUCUUCAAAAAAGAAAAGUCAGUCUUCUCUUCUCCAGUCCGUGGAAACCCCAACCCAAUGGGGACAUUGACAAGAGGGUAUUUUUAGGAAACCCAUCCAAAUAUACAUGGUAAGAGUGAAUGUGAGAAAAAAAAAGUUGUGGGUUAUAGAAGUUAUCAAGUGGGAUUUGCGGCGCUCUCUGCAGGAAACGCGAGCGGCUCCAGUUCAAAGCCACAUGUACCAACGUGACAUAUAAGCCAUUAAAAUAUCAUCCUGACGGCUCAUUUCUGCUUCAUCAUACACUCCCUAACUGCUUCCUGAAAGCUGGAAAAGGAGAAAUGAAGGAUGACCGCCUCGAUGGAACCACAAAAGAGAGGUUUAGAGGGGCUUGUGGUCCCCCCUCAGCCACCCCGAAGUGAAGUGCAGAAAUGAGGUGAUCCCGGCAACAGGUGGAGCAGGGCUCCAAGUCAGAAAAUGAGAUACAAGGCAUCCUUGGUAAUGAGGAAACAAUUACGACUUUUCCGAAACACCCUGAAAGAGUCAAGUAGCAGUUCCGGACACCAUGGCCCCCAGCUCGCGGCUGCUUCCAGCCCCUCGGUGUUCCCGAGCCUUCAUGAGCAGCCUCGCCAGGCCUCGCACAGUCGUCCUUUGAACGGACUCCUGCGUCUGGGGCUCCCCGGAGACAUGUACGCGCGGCCCGAACCCUUCGCGCCAGGGCCUACGGCCCGCAGCGACGCCCUGGCAGCCGCCGCGGCCCUGCAUGGCUAUGGCGGCAUGAACCUGACCAUGAACCUCGCCGCGCCCCACGGCCCUGGUGCCUUCUUCCGCUACAUGCGCCAGCCCAUCAAACAGGAGCUCAUCUGUAAGUGGCUGGCGACCGACGGCCCUGUGCCCUCACGCCUGUGCUCCAAAACUUUCAGCACCAUGCACGAGCUGGUCACGCACGUCACCGUGGAACACGUCGGCGGCCCCGAGCAGGCCAACCACAUUUGCUUCUGGGAGGAGUGUCCGCGACAGGGCAAGCCCUUCAAAGCCAAAUACAAACUUGUAAAUCACAUCCGCGUGCACACGGGCGAGAAGCCCUUCCCCUGUCCUUUCCCGGGGUGUGGGAAAGUCUUUGCUAGAUCAGAAAAUCUCAAAAUACACAAACGAACUCACACAGGCGAGAAGCCCUUCAGGUGUGAGUUCGAGGGCUGUGAGCGGCGCUUCGCCAACAGCAGCGACCGCAAGAAGCAUUCGCACGUGCACACGAGCGACAAGCCAUACACGUGCAAGGUGCGCGGCUGUGAUAAGUGCUACACGCACCCCAGCUCUCUACGUAAGCACAUGAAGGUGCAUGGUCGCUCGCCGCCGCCCAGCUCUGGCUACGACUCGGCUACACCUUCUGCCCUUAUGUCGCCCUCGUCCGACUACAGCCAGGAUCCCCCGGUAGCCUCCUCAGCGGUGGUGGCUGUGCGUGGCACGGACUUGAGCGAAUGAUGUCCACCGCGUUGCUUGCAAGGUAGUCUCGCCCUGCGCAGCUGAGCGCCCAGCAUCUCGUGCCCGAGACAUCAAAGGGCCCGCGCACAAAGCAGUGUUUCUUCGCCACGGUGCAUCUUCAUGGUAAGUUAGGAUUUCUAUGGCAAUGGGCAAGUCGCACUGAAAUCCUGAAAGGCCGAGCCUGGAGCCCGUCCAGGCUUUUCAUUAAGGACAUAAUAUUUACGUCUAACUGGCCUUUUUUCUUGUGUAUACAAGUAUAUAUUUUUGUUUGACGCGGACUAAAUCAUUUUCAUUUAAUUUCCGGUAAACAAAACCCACGCGAAUGGGCACUUGUUCCCGGUCAUAAUAAAAAUGGAUAAUAACGCGAGGGAAGAAAAGGCUCGCUUGAAUCGCCGCUCAGCCCUCUUUGUUUCUGCUUUCUGCGGUGAUCAGAGGGCGCAUUUGGGUUUGAUGGCGAGUUUCUAAAGGCGAGGAAAUGGUUUGUAAGAGGGGAAAGAAAAGGAGAAAGGUCUAAUCAAGCUCGGGUUGUUCAAAGAGUUGGGUUUUGGGGUUGAAAGUGUGAGUUUGACGAUGCAUCAGCAUGCCGCGUUAGGCUCGCCAUGGAAAUGCGCGGGGUAGCGGCCGCUUCAAAGGCGCACACUUCAGUGCAGACACUCUAUUAAGAUACAUUUGCGCUGACCUUUGCUUUCACGCCAUUUAAUACUGUCACUGUGCUCUUCAGUAUAUACUUCCUCCCUAGGACCUGUUUCGCCAGCGUUUAGGGGUUUACCCUGCACCCUGAUGUAGAGAGGGCUUUGGCGCCCGGAUGCUUUCAGGAAAGGGAGGAGCCGGACUCAGUGCAUCUUGACUGCGCCCCAGAGAGGCUCGGGGUCAGGGUAAAUUAAAUGACUUUAGGGCAGUCUUAGAGGUUUAACAAAUGAGCAUCCCAGCUCAGUGUUGUGCAAAGUGCCCCUCUGAAUCUUGGGCAGAACUAGGGUUUGAGGUUGAUGGGGACUUGCGGGGAGGGGGGGAAGGGGUCACCCUGGGGAAAUCAGAUUGUGUCCUAGGAAUAUUUCCAUAGUGGGUCCUGGGUCCCGGCACUGUCUUUUUACUCCUCCAUCCCAGAAGUCUCUUGCAGCCCCUUAAACAUUUUCCUCCCCAGGACUGGAAUAUAGAAUUCUUAAGGCUGGGCUGCCCCUGGGCAUGAACUCAAAAGUCCAAGGCCAAGGGGAUGGGGAAGAUGGCAGGAAAGUUAGAGGUCCAUGUUCCCUUAAUUGUCUUGUUGUUUAUUUUAUCCAAGUACCCCAGUGAAUAGGGGAAAAAUAAACACAGUGGAAAAAAAAAUCAAACAGUGGAGUCUUCUUUAGUGCCAGUCGUUGUGUUUGAAUAAAAAGGAUGGUCCAUUUUCUAUUGAGCUGAGAAAUCUUUGAAGUGGGAGUUAUUAUCUAAGACAUUCCUGCUCGUCGUCCUAACAACGCUGAUGAAACGUAAAAGGUUCUUUGUCAGCGAUUUGUUCUCCUCUCUGUCAAACUCCCUCUGCCCGGUUAGUCUCAAACCGUUUCUAAAGAGAUAAAAUCAAACUUCUUUUUUUAAAAAAAAAUAUCCACACACAACACCAAUAGAUAACUUUCCGGAUAAGUCUUACUAUGGAAAAACAAAAGCACUGCUUACCCCUCAGAGUUAGGGCCUGAUGAAGUGUGCAGAUAUUUGGGGGUGGGGGGAGCUUUGCACCAGCUCUGGAAAAAGGGAAAAGAAUGCAGAGAAGGUGCAGGCAGAGGGUACAGACCCCAAGUCCAUAUUUGUGUGUCUGCUGCUUUCUGUUCAGGCCUGCAUUCUACCAGCCCAAGUCGGGUCACAUGGAUGAGCUUCCUGAGAUACUCCUCACACUGCACAUACUGGGAGCCUUGGAAACUAAGGCUGUAGUCAAGCAAGUUUUAGCCCCCAACCUCCUGCAAGACACUUCUGCUAAGUAUAGGCCCAUUGUGUUUUCUUACCACUAGUAGCACUCUACAGGCCCUUUCUGCCAUUAACUGUAGGACAGUGGCUUGAGGGAGGGAGAUACUUGAAACUAUUUCCAGUUUUCUUCAGCAUCUUGACAAUUGGAGUUGAGAAGUUUUGGUCUACAAGAUGGUGACCAAAACUGCAUGCAAAUGUUCACUCUGUCUCCCUGGGUACAAGGGUAUGCUGGCAGUUCCUCGUUUCUUAGUGGGCCCAGGAAAGAAACUUUCACCCCAUUCAAGUUUCCCCAAGCUCCUGUUGUGGUUUAAGGUGGUUUAAAUAAACAGUAAUGUGCCCAUCCCCCCACCCUGGGUAUGCUAACUAAAUGAUUUGUAAAGAAUUUUCCCCAAGCUGUAACCCAUGCUGUUAUUAUAGUUGCUGCAAAAUGUUGUCUCUUAUAUUGAUUUUAUUUGUUUACUGGAGGUCUCCAUAUGUUUGUUUAUACCACUAAUUUAUGAGAAAAUGCAAUGAAUGUGAAUUAUACAGACAGGCAAACUUUUUGUAAUCAUAAUUCACAAGCACACACACACACACAUACACACACACAGACUACACAAGCUUGACUCAAACGUUAGGUUAUUUGGUACCCACAAUGUUUGUGUUUUGUCAUCUGUCCCCUUAGCAACAGUUAAAUUAUGAACUAACUUGGGAAACAAAAGUUGUUAUGUAUUUGACUGUGAUUGUUGAAUGAAUAAGUUGAAAGCAGAGGCAUAUCUUCUUGGAAAUAUGUAAAUGUAAAUGAAAUAAAAUUCGAGGUUGCUUUUCCCUCAAAGGCCUUUGUGUACAUGAAGCUCCGUUUUGCUACUUUCUUUGGAAAUAAAUGAUGUGAUGUUUUCCUUUCUCUCUUG